UGUAGUUGUCAACGUUUAGUUUACUGUUUAAGUUGCAUUGCAAACUAAUUGAAUUUCUAAAAUAAAUUGUUACCAAUUGUUUUUUAUAAUUAUCGUUAAUUGACAGAUUUACCUGCUUUUAGAUUGCACAUUACGCAUUACACAUUAGUUUCCAUUUUAAAAUAAUAAUACAAUUUGUGUGGGUGUGCAAUUGGCACUAUCAGUGGCCUUUGAAAUGGCAAAAUUGAAUGUAGCUAUAGUUGGUGCUGGUUUGGCUGGUUUGUGUGCUGCGAAAUAUGCGAAAUAUUCCGGUCACACAGUCACUGUAUUCGAACAAUGCAAUGAAAUUGGAGGAACAUGGAUUUAUCGAGAAUCGAUCGGUGUCGACGAAUAUGGACUAAAUAUUCACACAAGCAUGUAUCACAAUCUGCGAACAAAUCUGCCAAAGGAAAUAAUGGGAUUCCGUGAUUUUCCGAUGCCAUCGUCAUCAAGUUCAUACAUUUCAUCAAACGAAGUUUUAUCAUAUUUGAUAUCUUAUGCCGAACACUUCAAAUUGAACGAACUGAUAAAAUUCAAACAUCAUGUAAUCCAAGUGAGACCAUUCGAGACAACCAAAUGGAAGAUAAGUGUAAAGAAUUUACCAACAAAUAACAUCGAAACGUAUGUAUUUGAUGCGGUUUUUGUAUGCAAUGGACACAAUUGCGUACCAUCUCAACCGCAUUUUGAAGGAUUGAAUGAAUUUCAAGGACAUCACAUGCACAGUCACAAUUAUCGACGAGCCGAAGCAUUCAAAGACAAAACUGUAGUCAUAAUUGGCGCAGGCCCUAGCGGUAUUGAUUUAUGUAAUGCUAUAUCGAAAUGUGCAAAAACAGUUGUUUUUAGCCAUCAUACACAUAAUCCCAAUCAUGUUUAUCCAUCCAAUGUGGUGAGAAAAGGAUCAGUUCAACGGUUCACAAAGAACGGCGCAGUAUUUGCCGAUGGCUCUGAAAUUGAUAUAACAGACAUUGUAUUUUGCACAGGUUAUGAAUUUACGAUGCCUUUUGCCAGUGACGAAUGUGGCCUUCUCAUUGACAACAACUAUGUUUUUCCACUUUAUAAGCAUUGCAUUAACGCUAUACAUCCAACAAUGGCAGUGAUUGGAUACGUUUUUCAUUCAGCCAUUACACAUAUGAUUGAAAUUCAAGUACGAUUUUUCAUGCAAUAUUUGAAUGGAAAUGCAACAUUACCACCUCAAGAAGAAAUGCUUGCCGAUUCUACAAACCAACUUAAAAAACGAUUGGCACUUGGAUGGCCAAAGAAAAAUGGACAUUCCAUAGCUGGACCACUUCAACGUGAAUAUUUCAACGAUUUAUCGGCCACAGCCAAUAUUGAAAAUGUACGCGAAAUCUUUUUAAAAAUCUUUGAGGAUUGCGGAGCACGCAGAUCGGCUGAUCCAGUCAAUUAUCGUUUGGAUGUGUAUAAGAUAAUCGAUGUGGAACAUUUUGAACGCAGCUCAUUAGUGCCGCACUCAAAUUGACAAUCGAUUUAUGUGGUUUUGAAAUUGAAUACAUUUUGAAAAUGAAGGACUUUAACUGCAUUGAUUUUGAACGGGAAGCAAUGUAUUUUUACGAAACUAGAAAUUAUAUGGUUAAAAAGCAAGAGUGUUAUACACAUUGAUAAUAACUUUUUUUUAAUGCCAAUAGCCGAAAAUAGGCACUUUUAUUGCCAUUUUGUUAAAUAUUUCCACAUUUUUUAAAUUUAAAUUUCCAGUGUUUUCAUUCGUUAACGAAAAUUUAUAUUAAUGAUUUUAGAAUGGUGAACAGUCCGAAGAAAGGAAUAAGAUUACAAAAAAAUGUAAUAUGCUUGGUUUGUUUCUCAGUAAAGUUCUUCACAAUGAUACUGUGGUCAUAAAUAUUUUACGAUCGCUUGAGAAAAUAUGAACAUUCCACUGACCAUAUUUUUUUUUUUCUAAAAAGAAACGAAAAAUUUCAAGAAUGUUGACGCGCAUAAUAAUAAUAAGAAAAUGUUUCAAGUAAAAAUAUACCCUCUAAAAUUCCAUUUGUGCUGUUGUGCUUGAAUUAAAUAACUUGAAUAUUUUCUACUUUUCAUAUGAAUUAACAAUGUAUUGUAGGUUGUAGCUACUCUAGAGUACAUGAACGUGUACGAAUCACAGUGUAAUAAAAAUGUUCCUUGCUGUUUUAUUUGCAUAAAAUUCAAUUUAUUAACAUAAAA